AUGAGCGGAGCCAAGGCUAUAGCUGCUACUUUGAAAGAACUUGGUGUUGAGCAUGUUUUCGGGAUCGUUGGUAUCCCUGUCGUGGAACAACAGGCGUCCCUUGCAGCGUCUAUCUACGGAUACCUGACACACAAGCCUGGAGUGCUGCUUGUUGUUGGCGGCCCUGGCAUUGUGAACAGUGUUGCUGGAGCGUACAAUGCUGCAUCCAACAAAUGGCCGUUGCUGGUUCUUGCCGGGUCCAGUAGUCUAGCCACGCGCGAGAAAGGAGCGUUCCAGGAACUGGACCAGGUCGCCAUGAUGGAUCGGUGGACCAAACACUCGUACAGAGUGGUGAACCCUGCUCAAACCGUGGAUUAUCUGGCCCAGGCUUAUGUUCUCGCCCAAAUAGGAGUCCCCGGCUGCACAUAUGUCGACCUGCCAGAAGACAUCAUCCUUGGCAAGACAGAGCUACUUUCAAAGAUCAAAAACAUCAACAGUUUAACUUUUUCGUUUACAACACCUGAAAAAACAAAAAUCAAGAAAACAGGGGUGCUCCUCAAAAACGCAAGAUUCCCGCUGCUCGUCGUCGGCAAGGGCGCCGCCCGUGCCUGGAAGAGUCUGCGGCAAUUUGUGGACACGCACGAGAUCGCGUUCCUGCCCACGCCAAUGGCAAAGGGAAUCAUCCAGGACAAAUCAGAAUACAACAUUUCUUCGGCAAGAUCGUAUGCUUUAAAACAUGCAGACGUGGUUUUGGUGGUUGGUGCCCGGCUCAACUGGAUACUGCAUUUUGGAGAGGCUCCAAAAUUCAACAAAAACGUGAAAUUAAUCCAGAUCGACUCCGACCCGCAAGAGCUAGCUCGCGGUGCAACGCUUCUGACGCAGGCGCUUCACGGCCACGUGGAAACGACAAUCAGAGCCCUGGAUGACGAAUUGAAUGCCCACAAGUUCCCAAACCUGCCGGCAGAGCUUAAACAGGUUGUCUCACAAAGAGAGAAGGUGCUGCAGCAACGCGAGAGCGUGCAAAAUCCCGACCUGAUGCCCAGCCACAGCCAGGCGUUGGCCGCUGUGGAACGCAACGUACCGGCAACGGCGACUAUAGUUGCUGAAGGGGCCCGCACAAUGGACCUCUCCAGACAGAGUCUGUUGAUGAGCGAGCCCAAACAGAGACUGGAUGCAGGGACCAACGGCACGAUGGGCGUUGGACUGGCGUACGCGGUGACGGCGAGACUGACAGCGGAGAAACACAGGAUGGUGGUUGCGGUGCAAGGCGACUCUGCGUUUGGGUUUUCUGCCAUGGAGGUCGAAACGUUGGUGAGAGAAAGAUUGCCAUGUUUGGUUGUGGUGCUCAACAACUCUGGAAUCUAUAAUGGAGUACAGGAUCCACUCAAGUACUUCCCCUACACACAAACGCCGCUGCCACCCACUUCGCUGAGCUACGGCGUCCGGUACGACCAGGUGUGCGCGUCAUUGGGCGGAGGGGGAUAUUUUGUGGAGAGAUGCAGAGAGCUGGACACCGUGCUGAAAAAAGGGGUGGAGGACGUUCUGGGCGGAAAGGUUGUUGUGGUGAACGUUUUGGUCGGAUCGUAUGCAAAGUUAUAG